UGACUGAAAUAAAGUAUAUCUUACAUAUAUCUAUUAAAAACUUAUUUUCCACAAAAUAAAUCUACCUAACCUCCAUGAUCCACCCACCAUUUUCCUUCCUUUGUUCCUCUUCCUCUCUUCUGCUCCCUCUUUAGGAGUCAGAUCGAAAAGUUUUCUAAAAGCCGUUUGAAGCUCGACUCGGGUUGGACCGAAUCCAAGCGAAGAUUGGAUAAGAGUUUAACAACCUUGAUACGGAAGACAAAUCGGCACAAAAUAAAAAGCAUUGAAAUUGUCGAUCUGCAGCCCUUGCCAUUUUCGAAACCCACCACCACCAGAGACUUCCUCUUGCAAGUUGCAAAAACAUAUAAUAAUGAAAUGAAAAACAUGCAAAUUAAACAAAACCAUAAAGCUAGAACCAAACUAACACACACAAACAAACCAAAGGGCAAUCAUGUAACUUCCGCCCAAUGCAAGUUGCUGUAUAUUUUAUUGUUGAUCCCCACAUGAGAAGUCGCAUUGAACCCCUCUCUCUCUCUCUCUCUCUCUUAUUUUCCUGUCAAUAGAAAAUGCAGACCACCCCAUCUCCUCCGCCCUCUCUUCCCAAUUGCUACAAAGCUGCACUCAGCCACCCACUCUCCCUCCCUACUUUCCAUUCUCUCUCCCACAGCCGCACAAGUCAGAACCACGCCCUUGUAUACAUAUACAAUACGACCAACCGCACCUGAUCAAACCCCCCUCUCUUUCCAACCGAUCGAUCAUCAACAAAUUAAACUAAAGAUGCCUGCCAAUCCUCCCAAAUCCUCCCUCCUCCUCCACCGCAUCAAAGACACAACCUCCGCCGCCGCCCCUUCCUCGGGCGCCGCCGCCUGCCAGAAGCGCUGGUGCGCGCUUCCCCCGACCGCCGCGCCCCUCCCCGACGCCGUCGCACGCUACCACAGCCACCCCGUGGGGCCCAACCAGUGCAGCUCCGCCGUCGUGCAGCAGACCACGGCCCCCGUCUCCACCGUGUGGUCCGUCGUGCGGAGGUUCGACAACCCCCAGGCCUACAAGCACUUCGUCAAGAGCUGCCACGUCCUCGUCGGCGACGGCGACGUGGGGUCCCUCCGCGAGGUCCACGUCAUCUCGGGGCUCCCCGCGGCCCACAGCACCGAGCGCCUCGAGAUCCUGGACGACGAGCGACACGUCCUCAGCUUCAGCGUCGUGGGCGGGGACCACAGGCUGGCGAACUACCGAUCCGUCACCACCCUCCACGUGGCUCCCGCCGGCGGCACCGUGGUGGUGGAGUCCUACGUCGUGGAUGUGCCCCCCGGGAACACGAAGGAGGACACGUGCGUUUUCGUCGACACCAUCGUCCGGUGCAACCUCCAGUCGCUGGCACAGAUCGCCGAGGACCUGGCGCGGCGGAGCAAGUCGGUGAUGUCGUCGCCGCCGGCUGCACCCCAAUCGUGAGUUCUCUUUUUCAUUGUGAAAGAAAUGGUCGUCGGUUGUAGAUGUUAUUAGAGUGGUACUCCACCUACCCCAAUUAGUACGAGUCCUUUUGUGAGUUUCGAUCGGUCAGGCGCAGAUCGAAAUCGCGAUCAAACUGCAUUCCGUAAUUAUUACCAGUUUAGUGUAAUUUCCUGUCCCCUUGUACCAUAAUGAACGACUUCAUUUCAUUUGAUUAUUAUUCUGAUGGGUCGAUCGAGUGGGCUUGAUUAGGUUUCUUGUGUACAACUGUAAUCUGAAUUUUUUUUUUGUUCUGAUACCCAUAUAUAAGCUGAGCCUUAGUAUGGAAGUAUUAGCUAGCUCGAGUCUUUCGUAAUACAAUUUUGAUAUUUGUGUUUGUUGAUUAUCCGCAUUAAUUUUCCUGAACCAAUAUCGGUCAUGGUUAAUUAUCUCUUUGUUGUGUGGUUGUAAUUUUUAAAUGACUGAAAUUAGAGAAAAGAAAUGUGAUUGACUUCA